CGUCAGGAACGACAUCCCGGACACCUCCCACCGCGCACUUUACAUCCUCAACAAUCCAGCGGAAAGCGUGUGUAGUUCUCGUGCCCGUUAUCCCCCGCGAGUUUAACGGUUCGCUGAAACCGCUGCUGCCUCUUUCGCUUACGCCUUUGGAGGGGGGGAGACAGAAGCAUCCGCCGAAGAACUUGGGGAACGGCAAAGGGUAAUGGCUCGGCGACUACAGAAGGAGCUGGCGGAGCUCCGCAAGAACAAAUUAGAGUGGUGUGACAUCCAGCCCAUGGAUGACGACAUCAUGCGAUGGACAGCCAUGUUGGUGGGACCGGAUGACACGCCCUUCAGCGGAGGUUGCUUCAACCUGGAGAUCGAGUUCCCGGCAGAGUACCCUUUCAAGGCACCCAAGGUGAGGUUUGUGACGCGCAUCUACCACCCCAACGUGAAGACAGACUCGGGGGAGAUUUGCUCGGACAUCCUUAACGAGAACUGGGGGCCGACGCUCAAUGUCACAUACGUGCUCAACACCAUCCGCCAGAUGUUGCAGGAGCCUCACGCGGACAACCCUCUGGAGGCGGACAUCGCGAGGCAGCUCGCGGAGGACGAGGAUGCCUUCACGCAGACGGCAAAAAAGUGGACCCUCGACUUCGCCAGUCCGUGACGGAGGCUACAUACAAUAGGAGGACGGCGAUACUUGUAGCUGUCGUGUCCCCGAAGGGAUCUUGUCCCCAAAGGGAGAGCAGUCCCGUUUUGCCCCUUCCCGGGGGGGGGGCUCCGUCACAUGCCGUUCACCACGCAUGCAUACAUAGCUUUCGAUGGUUGAUAUAGAAACUGCUCCUGGGGGGCGGUAGGUAGAGGGAGUCCGAAUCUUGUGUUUUGGAGCUGCUAGUUCCAGUGUUGGUGCCAUAGCUGCGUGUUGGUGGUUGGCUCGGUUCUCUCUUGGAUGUCGCCGGCCGCACCGUUAGGUUCCCGCUUCCGCUUUUUACUGUGUUGUGAUAUCGGGAUCUAGCCAUACCCCACACUGCCAUCGCCAGUCGAGGGGGGGGGAGAUUGUGGGCGCAGCCAGGACCAGAGGGAGGGGGGGGGUCCGCCGGCAAGUGGACAGGGUUGGCCGUUCUACAACAAAGCUGUUCUUGUUGUUGCCGUACGAUGUUGUGCUCUUCGCCCGGCCAAUGAGGGUAGUGGUGCAACGGGCUUGGGUGAUGAUGAAUUCGUGCUGUGCGUGUGCACAAGAGGCGAGAUCAGCAACUGAACGGCAUUGCAGCAGCCGAUGGGAUGACCUGAAUUCACGCAGCGGCGGCGGCAGCAACCAAUCUGGUUCUACUGUUGUACUGUAACGAGCUGGUAAGAGUAGGGCUUCGCGAAGAGAUGUGGUGGGUACGUGGUCCUCCCCACUCGACAGAGAGGGCGAGGGUAAGCCUGUUCCUUCCGCUCGCUCCAAUAGGGGGCCCAUGGACGAGAUCGUGGGGCCAAGGACGGGGGGGCGGGGAGGGCAGGGUGAGGACAACAGGAUUCCCGGUUCUGUCGUUUCUCUCGCUCUCGCUCUCGACCAUGCCGUGGAAACCACCAUCAAGGGUCAGGGUUACCUUGAAAACAUCAGCGGCGGCGUCGACAGGGUCGCAUUGUUUUUUUAUGACGUCAUGCCACACGUUUCUCUUGCGGAUGGAUCCCAUAGAUUGAGGAUGGUACAACCUUACGAACGCUGUGGGAGAAGGAAGGGUAGAGGGGGGCAUUUUUGGGGUGUGUGGUGGUCCGUGUCCUGGCUUGGCUUGGCUUGUAUCUACGUUUUGUGCUCGUUCGUGUCUUUUCCCCUCUUUGCUUUUUCUUGUUUAAUUGGUCUAGUCCAGUCCACGCCGUGUGACUUUUUUUUUGUUGUUGUUGGGUCAUGCGCAAACUCCAUUGCUGUGCGGUGGACUCGUUCCACCAUCAUGGCGCCACCCGCUCGCACGCCCAAAAGGGUCAGCAACGAAGGCGGGGUUUGUACAUAAGCGAUUGGCAAAGUCGAUAUCCAAUUUGUUGGUUAUUUGCAUAGGCGUGUACUCUAACGAAGAUCGAAAAAUGAGAUUUAAAGUACAAGUAUCAAUUUCUUGGUUAUACAUGCAUAGGCCGUAGUCUAACUAAAAUCGAAAAAUGAAACCAAAGAAAAAAAAUCAAACCGAUGUCGUCCGGGUUACCAGCAGAGCUCCGUUUAGAUUUCCUGGCUUCGACGCAACGCAAAAAAAUUGGAGGAGCAAACAUCCCCAUGCAGGCUUCCUUGCCUUCCUGGAAGGAGACCCGGGCGGUGGAUAGUCUCUAUCCCCCCAACCGGGGGCUAGCAGAAUAGAUGUAUUUUCUUGAGAAUUGGCAAGCAGGUCUCGGAAAACAGAAAAGGACACCGCAGGGGGAGAGGGUAGAGAAGUUCGAAGACUUCCGACUCCCCCUCUCCGUAGGUGACUUUCGGGAGUGUCGUAUGGUAUUCAUAGCAAGGUUUCUUGGUGGUGAAGUCAAACGACCAGCAAGAGAUCUGCAGUGCACAAUUUUCGAUCGUGACUUGUCCUCCUUUUGUAUGUGUAUCAAGUGUAGGCAGUUUUCCUGUCCUCCAUAUCACGAUCGAUCUCAAAACCAUUUUUUUUGUGUUUGUUCCUGGCGCCAACCUAACCGAACAACGGUCCAUCUUUUUUUUUUUCUAACGUCGUUACGGGAAUGUACGGCCGUAUGCAUAUGGGUGGUCACCUCUGUUGGCUAACCUCUUGUUGCACAGAGGAGGGCUUGUACGAAAAACUGGUAUGGGCACAGCCGAGGAAGGUGGGUGAGGGAUAUUCAUAGAAUAGUCUUGGUUUGUUUUCUUGCCACAUCCUGGCGGUGAGCUUUUCUCUCGUCUCU